CAGUUGCCACGCGCUCGUGUGGCUGCUCCAGUUGCCACGCGCCCGUGUGGCUGCUCCAGUUGCCACGCGCCCGUGUGGCUGCUCCAGUUGCCACGCGCCCGUGUGGCUGCUCCAGUUGCCACGCGCCCGUGGCGAAUAUCACUCGGAGUUUCGCCGCUCGGUCACGGCCACACAUGGCCGGCGCGCUGCUGCUGGUGGCGCUGCUGCUGAGGGCUGCGGCCGCGGCUCAAGGCCCGGAAGUUGUGUGCGGGCAACCAGGCCGCCCCAUCAACGGGACGGUGUCUGGGGACCAGCCCGGGGACGCGUUGGGCUUCCCCUUAGGGGGCUACCCUGCGGGGGCGCAGGUCAGCUACGCCUGCGUCGAGGGCUUCGUCCUCUUCGGGGACCUGCAGAGAACCUGCCUUGUGAACGGGUCCUGGAGUGGGGAGGUCCCUCUCUGUGACUUCAACGUGGGUGCGGGCAAGCGCAGCCUGCAGUCCGGGACGUUGUGGUCCUACAGCCCCGGUCUGGCUGUGGACGGGUCCCCUGACACCUGCUCCUUCACCCCCCGCGGUCCUGACCCCCGUUGGUGGCAGGUCCAUCUCGGGCACAAGUUCAACGUCAUCAGAGUGGCUGUCACCAUCAGUCCUGGUUCACUGCAGGAGUUCACCAUCUACGUAAUAGAGCUGCUCGCUGACAACAAGGCGCUGUACAAACCCUGCACCACAUUCAAGGGAGUAUUCAAAACACACAAGGCUGUGUUCCUGUGUAACGAUGGCGUCGGACAUCCCGGGCAAUUUGUGUACAUACGAGACGACAGAAAAGAAGAAGAGUAUUUCGGCCUGUGUGAAGUGGAGGUCUUCGCUUUCAGAGAGCGCACCCCGUGCGGCGCCCCCGGGGCCCCCCUGCACGGGAGCGUGACGGCGGUGGGGGGGCGGGCGGAGUACGGCUGCUCGCGGGGGUUCACCCUGACGGGGGACAGCGUCCACACCUGCUCGUCUGGAGGACGCUGGGAGGGACAGGAGCCUCGCUGCGUCCAGGUUCGCUGUCCCGAUCUGCCUAAUCCUCCUAACGGGAACAUCGAUUUCUUGUCGCCGAAUUCUUCGGUACCGACGUCGGACCUGGUGCCCGGAACCGUGGCCCGAUACCGGUGCACCGGCGGGUUCACGGUCCGCGGGAACCAGUCCCGUGGGUGCCAGCACUCUGGCCAGUGGGACGGCGUAGAACCCGUCUGUGCCCGAGUGAGCUGUGGUGAUCCGCCAGAGGUGCCGCACGCCCGCCACACGCUCCUCAACACGACGUCCGUGCACGGAGGCAUCGCCGUCUACACAUGUGCUCCUGGAUACCGGCUAACUAAUGCAUCUGCUGAUAUGGUGAGCACGUGUGAAGACUCCGGCAAGUGGCGAGAUGUAAACAUAACAUGUGAACUCAUCACCACUGCUCACUGGGAGCUCAUAGAAAAUACAGACAGAGGCGCCACUAACGGCCGUUCACUGAACUACGAAAUCGAAACUACGAUCAGGAAGAAGGAAAUAACCCAAAUUGCACCAGAGCAAUCAUCUGCUUUCAACUCUCCAUUGGUCAUGGGUCUAGCAGUUGUUGCAGCACUUUUAUUGAUAGCUCUUCUGUUUUUGCUUUCAGUUUUUGCUGUAAGGAGGCAUUACCUUACAGGUCCUGGUUCGUUAAACCCUCUACUCAGAUCUCCCCUCAAGCGACCCCCCACGUACGACACCGGUUAUCUAAACAACGCCGCAUACAUCAUGGAAAGACAAUACAACGACAGCAUGAACAACGGGAACAGAACUCCUGCUUCUUCUCUGUACCACAACAAUCUUUUAAGCGUGUCAUCUAGAAUCCCGGUAGAGAAUGGUACUGGCAACGCCGACAGCGGCAGUUUAUCGGGCAGCAUUAAUAGGCUCGAUGAACCGCCUUAUGAAAGAGUGCGGUCACGUUCGGAACACAGCUACGAAACUAUCAGGAAACUGAAUCAGCAAAAGUCGUAUGUGGACGAGGAUGCUGAUAGCGAAGAUCACUGUUAUCAGCAAGAGCCGAAUUACGAGCGUGUUUCUGGAGACAAAGGAAGUUUGUGGUACGAGAGCGCAGAUAAAGCAAGCGUUGGAUAUGAAACCGUGCCGGAUGACAGACGUAAAACUCCAGCUGACGAUGCGAAUAAUUAUCAAAUUAAAGAGAGCAACAAUUGCAACGAAUGUAAAGAAUCAUUGACCACGAAAAAUGACUGUUUCAUUCACAAGGUAAAGGACCCUGGCUAUGAGAAAAUAAAAGAAAAGGAUCAUCAGUAUGAAACUCUGAAAGAAAAAGAUCCUGGCUACGAAACAAUGAAGAAGAAUUCUAUCGUUCAUGGAUACGCUUCAAUUAAGCCCAAGUCAUCAGGAACCAAUUUAGCAGAAGACAAUAAAAGCGACGUGUCCACAAUAUCAAUACCCGAUAUUCUGCAGGGCAUCGAAGCUUUGGAGGAUACCGCAGCAUCGGUCCCAGUGCCUCCUGAAAUUUUAGCGCUUUACGCAAAGGUGGACAAAUCCAAGAAGAAAAAGAAACCUCCGGAACUUUCAAUUCAGCAGAAUUCUGAGAUCGAAGAAUCGAAUUAUACUUCAAUUGAAGAGUCCAAAGAGGCUUCACCGUCUCUAAGUAUCAUUAAUGCCGGCAGACCAACACCACCUCCGAGACCAAAAGGCAUGGCUCCUCCGGUUCUCCAGCCUUACUCGAUUUCCUUCCCUUCAUCCUCACCCGCUCCUCAAGAAUCAUUUUCUUCGUCAAUUUUACCAAACGCCGCGUUACUUGAUUCCAAUCAAAAUUCUUCAACACUUACGAAAUCGUCACCACGUUCCUCUGGAAGCCACUUUCCCCUCCAACAAACCUAUUCGGAUUCCACCAUAAGAAUAUCUGUACCAGACGCGUCUUCUAGAAGCAGUAAAAUGUACAACGGAUAUCAGCACAUGGCGUCUUGUGAUGACAUCUCUCGACCACCCAGCGUUGCCAGCGAAUGCACCAGUCCAUCUGGGACUCUCAGACCUCUGCCUCCAAUUCCUAAGCAUUAAUUGCGUUUACCUUAAAAACUUUAUAUAACGACGGGAACUUUUGUUACAAUACGUUUAGUUGUGAAUAGCCAUGACGACGGUUAAUGUAUUAAAAUGGGUUAUUUUGUUUUUGUUGUAAUACACUCCUAAUCACGUAGUCGGUACCUUACUAUCAGUAACUUCAUGCAUCGUGGAACCCACCGACCUUAGCCUCCCGCACAACAGCAGCAUCAGCCUUGCUACCAUAUAAUUUCUUAUUGUAUAGCUUAUUUUAGCAUCUUCUUCUCCUCUAUUAUCAUGAUUGUAACAAUAUUUUCUUCAGCUCGAUGUAAUCAAGUUGAUUUCCGUCUAGUUGAAACUACUUAAAUCUCCACAGCUUUUACUUGACGGUCCUUGUCGGCGGAAAAGCCGAUGGGACAAAUUAAUGCCACAGUAACAUGCAUCGUGUUUCACGCGCGUGUCAUUCAUAAAUCUUAUUUAACUAAAAACGAUGGGAGUUCAUCAAACAAAAUGAGCUUUGAAUUUCAUUAAUUGACUCUCUUCGUGUUUUUUUGUUGCACUUAUUAAAAUCUGCCGUGAGUAGAGCGGGUAAUCAUCAUCAUAGCAGAUACAUGUUUUCUCCGCAUGUUAAAAAUUAUUAGUCGUGUACAGCAUUCAUCAUUAU